AUGCAAACGUUCUACACGGGUCACUGGCAGCUGGAGGCUGCCGCCGACCUGGGCCUCGAGCUGCAUCAGCUGUGCGGCACGGUGGCAGCGCCGGAACACUACGAGGAGCCGGCCCAGCUGCUGCAGCUGUCCCAACUGCGGGACGGACGCGCCCACGGCGCCCAGUGGUCGUCGUACAGCACUCUGCUGGCCACGUACCUGGUGUGGCUGCGGCGUGCUGACGCCGACAAACAGCGGCUGGAGUCGGUGCCGCUGCAGCUGGCGGCGCUGGAGCGACGCCAGGCCAACCUGGCCGCCGGCGUGGCAACGUGGACCAACUACGUGGCGUACGUGGCCGAGCAUUGGCGGCGCUGGUGCGAGGUGACGGAGGCGGCCGACGCGCAGCUGACGGCCGCCGAGGAGGCCGUGACCGGCGCCGGCGCGCCGCCGCCGCCGCCGCCGGCCGCGCUCGACCGGCUCCAGUCGGAGCUGGAGAAGGCGGCGCGGCUGUGGCGGACGGUGCAGGCGCUGGCGAGCGCCGAGGCGAUCCGCGCCGCUGCCGACCAGCUGGCAGAGCUGCACCUGCGGCUGCUGCUGCUGCGGCUGCUGAUCGGCACCAGACACCAGCAGACGGCUGACGCCGACACGGCCCGUCACCUGCAGACACUCAGUGGUGAUCUGGCGCAGCAGAGCCGGCAGCGGCUGGCCGCCGGCCUACGCGGCCACGGCCAGCCCUCGCUACCCGCUCUGCUGGCCUACUUGCAGCACGAGCUGCCGGCCGAGCUGGCCGCCGACGGCGCCAGCACCGGCGACGAGACGGACCCGCACGGCUUGCGCUGCGCGCGCUUGCUCAAGGUCGAGUCUCUGAUCGAGACAACCGCCGACUUCGAGCGGCGCCGACCGGACCUGGAGCGGCGGCUGGCUGACAUCGAGGCGGCGCUGGAGCGGCCGCUCCAGCUGGCUGAUGACGCGCCUGAGGAGCACCGCCAGCUCGAGAGGGACACGGACGACGUGCUGCGCGACAUCCGCGACGUCAGCAAGCGGAUGCGUGACGUGACGGGCCCGUGUAAUCUGCUGUCGGGUGAUGGAGACGGCGUGCCGGACGUGCGCGAGCUGCAGGCUGUCACGCGUGCCGGCGACCUCCUGCAGCAGAGGUGGCUGCGCAUCUGUGAGGUGUCGGCCGGCCGGCCAGCGGCCCUCGCCCAGGCGUGGACCGCCGUAGAGACGCUGGGCGGCGGCACGGACCUGCUGCAGGCCGGCCUGGACUCGCGGCUGGCGGAGGUGCACGCGCCUCGCGAGGCCGACUGGCAGCGGCUGGAACAGCUCGCCGAUCAGCUCCUGCAGCGGGCCGACCAGCUCCGCGGCCAGGCGCGCGCGGGACCGCCGGCGGACGCUGCCGAUCAGCUCGAGGAGCUGCAGAUGGAGCGGGCCGGCCUGAGUGCCCGGCUAGCGGAGCUGACGGCCGACACGACCCGCCGGCUGGAGGCGCAGUGUCCUCUGGAGCAGCACUCGUACGACCUGAGCCCGCCGGCCUCCUGUCAGCAGCUGGACCGACUGCUGGCCGAGCUGCAGCAGCAGGACGUCGUCAGCCAGGAGGUGGACGGCGCCACCCCACGGAAGACGGGGGAUGCCGGGGCAGGUGGUCCACUCGAACCAGACGUCUCUUCCCAAGAGGAAGCCGGUCCUCCAGAGGAGAUAGGUCCCGGGGAGGAGACCUUUCCGCAGGCAGAGGCGGCCAUUCACGAGGCUGAGGUCUGCCUGGCGGCUCUCGAGUCACUGCUGGACGAGCCGGCGCCGGAGCCACUGCGGCUGGGGCAGACGCUGGGCGCCUGCUCGGGCGCGGCCGAUCUGCUGGCGGCGCUAGAAGGUGCCACCGACAGCCAGCUUGCCACGGCCGCCCAGCUCCGCGGCCGGCUGGACCAGCUGGGCCGCCGGGCGCACGAGCGGCUGCAUGGCCAGCAGCGCGAGCUGUGCCAGUGGGAGCUGGACCUGUGGCGGCUUCAGCAGUGGCUGCAGCACACGGCCAGCAAGCUGGAGGCGAUGCCAUCGGCCGUGCUGCCCACGCUUUGGGACGACGUGCAACAGCGUCGGCUCCGCCGUCUAGGUGUGGAGCUGGACUCGCACACGGAGCUGAUGGCGUCCGUGUCGCUGGCUGUGCGUGACGGACCGCAGCGCAGCCGCGUGCUGGAUCUGCAGACACGCUGGGACACCGUCAGUCACCAGCUGAUGGCGCUCCAGGCGCUGCUGCCGCCGGCUGCCGACGCCGGCCACCCCGUAAGCGAGGAGGCGCCGCCGGGGCCGCUGGGCCGGACGCUGCUGGCCAUGCGGCGGGUGCUGCGCGCCUCGCUGCCCUUCCAGGCGCUGCUGCUGUUGGCGUUGGCUGUCCUGGCGCUCUAUCCGGCCUGCGAGCGCGGCGGCGACUGCGACGCUGCCGUCAACAACUUCGCUGCCAGCUUCGAGACCAUGCUGGCCUACCCCAACGGGCCCCCGCCCACCUAGUCCGGCGCCCCCACCGGCACGCCGCCAGGCGGGGCGGCUGCUCCGCCGACUCCGCACCGCAUCUACACGGACGUGCUCGGCACCGCAUCAUCAUCGUUACGCUUGGCUUAUUGGCAAUAUCGUUGGUGUUUUAGUCGCCUGAUCGCAGCGUUGUUUGAAGCUCAGACGUAUAGCGCGCUGUUUUGGCUUGUCGUCAGUAGUGUGCGUGCUGCGCCGCGCGCGGCCGAGCGGCCGUGUGCGCCGUGUUCCCAUGUCGGGCGGCUGACGGUGAUAUCAGGCUGCUGAGUCUCAGACGGGUACGUGCCGGGCCGCGGCGCCACCAUGUACAAGCUUCACUUCCGUCCCCGGGGGGGCUCCCGCUCGGCGCCGGCCAGCUGCGUCUCUGGCGCAGAGGCGGCCCGCGAGGUCCGCCUUAAGCAUGCGCUGGUAUGGCCUGAAGUUGCUGUGUUGUCCCAGUCACGUCUGCGAAUAGAUGUUUGCUUUGUG